AUGACCGAGGGACAAGCAAUGGCCACAGCUUUCGCAAUUACAACAAAUCUUCCAAAUUGGAGUCUUAUUGAUGAAAUCUCCAUUCCACUUCUUGAAACAGGAGUUGCGACUCUUCCUGUUCUUCAAGCGGCCCUUCCUUCGGUUCUUUCAAUAACUAAAGAUGAUGAGAAACUAAAUGACAGAUAUUGGAAAGUACUGAGGAUUGCACAACUUCAAAUUGAGCAUUUAUUGAGAUCGCAGCAAGAACUUCUGAAACACAUGGAGAAAUUGGAAACUGAAUCUGAAUCCAAGCCCCUAAAGACGAAGAAUAUGAGAUCAGAGAGGAAAACUUCUGGAGGAUCCACGGAGAAUUGUGAAAAGUAUAAGUGUGCUGAUUGCGGAAAAGUCUUCCUGAAUGAAACAUUUCUAACAUCACAUUUCGAACGACGUCAUCCGAAAAGUGUUCAGCAUUCUGUAUCUGAAUGA